AUGUAUCGUCAGUCUGUUGUACGCCGUGUAGGUCGGUCCUCGACGCGACACCUACGUUUAUUCUCGGAAGACACAUCGCUUGGGGAGCGUCCUAUUAGGACCCAAGACGAAUGGGCUAAUCAUCAGGUUCGACGCGCUGAAGUCGGCACUCUGAUCGACAUAUUCUCUAACUAUGGCUCAAAUCGCAGGCAAGAAACUGCAUUCAGACUACGAGACAACAUCCGUCGCCCAAUAGCAAACGCGACCGUGUCAUCCCUGCUUGCCGCUGGUGCUCACUUUGGUCAUGCUAAUUCAAGGAUGAACCCAAAUUUUCUGCCCUAUGCAUACGGAACUCGCGCCAAGUCAACCAUAAUCGACCUUGAACACACCGUCCCUCUACUGAAGCGGGCAGCCAACCUCGUUCGCGCCGUCGCUUUUGCGGGUGGGCAAAUUCUGUUUGUAGGCACAAGACCAGACCUACGCCAGAUUGUCAAAGCUGCUGCUGGCCGUAUAGGCAAGCAGGGCUACUAUAUUUCGGACCGGUGGAUUCCGGGGACGUUGACAAACACGAUUGAGAUGUACUCUCAGCAAGUUGUCAAAGAAACAAUCACAACCCCCGACCUUGUCGUUCUUCUCAACCCUCUAGCCAACAUUACUUGCAUUAGCGAAUGUGCCUUGGCCCAUGUUCCCACGAUUGCCAUUAUCGACUCGGAUGCCGACCCACGACUUGUUAUGUACCCAAUACCGGCCAAUGAUGAAAGUCCACAAACGGCGGAAAUCAUCGCGGGUAUCCUUAGUAUUGCAGGUCGGGAGGGGCUCGCUCUGCGUAUGGAAGAAGAAGUAGCCGUGGAAGAAAAUGAACAGGAAGAGCAGGAUGAAGCAUUCUGGGACGAGGUAGAAGCGGCGGAGAACGAAGAAUUAGAGGAAGAUGAGAGUGACGAUGCACCUCCAGGUCAAGGUAUUCAAGCGGAGGAGGAUGAAUAA